UUUUUUUUACUAUUGACCGUGACUGACGACCGAUAUUUUCUGAUUGCCAGAUGAACGUUUUAGGGAUGGUACAAGAUAUCGCAGACUGCCUGAUUUGGGCUCAAGAGAAUGCACCACAAUUCAACUUUGACAAAGACAAUAUCGUUUUAAUCGGGCAUUCGGCGGGUGCGCAUUUGUGCGCGCCGACCACGCUUUUUCCUAUCGAUGCGAGGGAAGAAGAGCUUUUCAUUGAGGCCAGCAAGCAGCGGGACCUCGCGUCCACCAUCAAAGGAGUCGUCGGUCUCAGUGAGGUGUAUAACAUCAUGGAGCAUGAUGAGCACGAGCAGAAGCGAGGAGUGGAAUAUGUCUCGGCCGUGCACAAAGCCAUGAACGGAGUGGAGAACUUCACGUAUUUACUCGCCCACGCACUUGCUGGGCACCUUCGACCGGGAAAAAAGUGCCGGCCGCCGGCCGGUUACUUUGAUCCACGGGACACGGUGGUUCGGGCGCAAGCUUCCGCCAAGUUCUCGGAGCUCCUCACCUCGCUGUCCGUGAAGACGUCGCUCUAUUUGUUGCCCGCUGUGGACCACACGGAGAUAAUGAUGGCUGACCUCACGGUGGCCGAGCGACGCUUCUACCACGCCAUCUUCAGCUGUAUUUAACACGAGUACAGGAAACUUGUCAAAGUCAGCUGA